CACUAAUACUGAUUCAUGUGGGCUUAGUUAGAGUAGAUCUUUGAUACCUCUAAAGCUGCAAGGACACCUAAUGCAUCUUGCUGAAGAACUAAUGGGCGCGCUACACAUUCUUUGGGGGAGGGCUCUGGGAUGCUGUUCAAACUGACUGCUGCCUGAAGAAUCAGGAAAUUCAGAAGUGACACACAGAUACUGGAGCAGCAUUGCAGCUAAUAGACAUUUUGUUGGCUCACACAACACAACCAUGGCUAGCGAAGACAGGGAUAAUAAGACUCCUGAAUGUUUUCCAGUGGAUGACUACAUAAAGAGAUCCUACCUUCCGAUCAUGUAUGGGAUCAUAUUUGUAGUUGGGCUUGUGGGUAACAUCACUUCAAUCAUCAUCUACGUGGUCAGGCUGCGCCCAUGGAAGAGCAGCAGCAUCAUCAUGGUGAACCUUGCCUUGGCAGACCUCCUGUAUGUUCUGUGUCUGCCCUUCCUGGUCCACUACUACAUCCACGAUGACUGGAUCAUGGGCGAGGCCAUGUGUCGCAUUGUUCGCUUUAGCUUCCACUUCAACCUGUACGGCAGCAUCCUCUUCCUCACCUGCCUGAGUGUGUUCCGCUAUGUGGUCGUGGUCCACCCACUGAGGGCAGCCCAGGUGCAGAGGACGAGCUGGGGUGUGAUCGCCUGCCUGGCUGUGUGGUUCAUAUCUGUGUUGGAGAUUAUACCCAUGGUCCACAUGAUCACUGUGAAGAAGACUGAGAACAAUAUGACGUCAUGCCUGGAUUUUGCUAGUAAUGAUCCAGAAGAGGUGUGGGUCUAUGGCUGGCUACUUACUGUCCUGGGCUACCUACUCCCCCUAGUGGUGGUGUGCCUGAGUUACAUCCGUGUUGCAUGUGAGCUGGCCGGCGGGCCACAUGAGGGCCGUCCGAACAGGGUGCGUGCCCGCAGGAUGACUGUGCUGAUCCUGGUUGUGUUUGUGCUAUGCUUCACACCCUUCCACAUCCUCCGUGCCCUGCGGGUGUACACCCAGAUGGAAGCCCAAAGGCCAGUGCCCUGUAUGCUGCUGAUAGGGGUCAAUGCAGCCUACACCAUCUCCAGACCCCUGGCAGGGCUCAACACCUUCUUCAACCUGGCUCUGUACACUCUGGCUGGAGACAGGUUCCACCAGGCGGUCCUUGGCCUCUUCCGCUGGAGACCCCAGUUUCUCAAGACCAAGAGGCCCAUCAUGGUGGCAGUGAUCGGCCAACCAGGCAGAAACAGUAUGUCACAGGCUAACGUGCUAAAGAGCUGAGUCAAAAUACUACACAACAUUUUAUAUACAUAUGGUUGAUUUACUUCAUUUCAA